UGGUGAAUAUAUUUGAAAUGUAGAAUUAAUGGCGACCUGAAAGAUCGUUAUGAGGGAUUGCAAAAUAUUUGAUUUAUUUUAAUUGAUAAACAAAUAGAUCUGAGUGUUAGUGAUAGUUUUUAACUACUUAUUCAAGUAUUGGUUAUUUAAUAAAAGAUCUGAAAAAUGGAAGAAGAUAUCGAAUAUAAUAAAUUACCAGUGGAAGAUCGUGUUGUUCAUAAGUUAUGGAAAGCUCGAGUGCAUGGCUACGAGGAAUGUGCGAAAUCAUUUCGCUGUAUUGACGAUCAAAAAUCACCGGAAUUUAAUAAAUUUCUGGGUCUUGUCAAAAAGUUUGUAAUAGACAGUAAUGCAGCUGCACAGGAAAAAGGUUUGGAGGCUGUUCUUGCUUUCGUAGAAAAUGCCGCAGUCGCUGGAAAAACUGUCAGCGAUGUUAUGGGUGGCAUUGUUUCAAAAUGCAUUGCAGCACCGAAAACAAAAACUAAAGAAUUGGCAGUGCAAGUGACACUCAUGUAUAUUGAAAUUGAGAAACAGGAAGCCGUUCAAGAGGAAUUGCUAAAAGGAACAGAAGCAAAAAAUCCAAAAAUUGUCUCUGCCUGUGUCUCAACUUUAACUCUUUCUCUAAGGGAAUUUGGACCCAAAGUUGUGAAUGUCAAGCCUUUGAUUAAAAAACUUCCUGCUUUCUUGGAGGAUCGUGAUAAAAGUGUUCGUGACGAGGGGAAAAUUCUUGCCGUGGAAAUAUACAAGUGGAUCGGUGCACCUUUGAAGCAACAGUUGAAUACUUUAAAACCAGUGCAAUUGACGGAACUUGAAACUGAAUUUCAAAAUGUUGGAGACAAAAAGAAUAUUCCAAAUCGAUAUUUAAAAUCACAAAAGCCAAAGGAAACGCGCAACAUUGACACUGAUGGUGCUAAUGACGAAGAUGAUGAAAAAGAGGUAGAUGAAGGUGAUUUUGAACAAAAUAUUGAUCCAUACGAAUUGUUUACUCCUGUGGACAUUCUUUCAAAACUUCCAAAAGACUUCUUUGAUAAAGUUGAAUCAAAAAAGUGGCAAGAUCGUAAAGAAGGUCUUGAAAGUUUACAAAAGCUCGCAGAGAAUCCAAAAUUAGAAAGCGGCGACUAUGGAGAUGUCGUAAGAGUUUUAAAAAAGCUGAUAGCUAAAGAUUCUAACGUGCUGAUAGUGGCUCUCGCUGGAAAAUGUCUCACAGGAUUGGCGAAUGGUCUCAAGAAACAGUUCUCAUCUUACGCUCUACCUUGUCUUCCCACGGUGCUCGAAAAAUUUCGCGAAAAGAAACAGAAUGUUGUUCAAGUACUUCGCGAAUGUUCCGAUGCUCUAUUCCUCAGUAUAACCAUAGAAGUUAUUUCCGAAGACGUAAUUGCUGGUUUAGAGAAUAAAAAUCCCGCUGUGAAGGCAGAAACUGCAGCCUUCCUCGCAAGAUCCUUCACUAAAACACCUUCAGCGAGUUUAAAUAAAAAACUCCUCAAGGCCUAUUCAACGAUUCUUUUAAAAACACUCAACGAAUCUGAUCCCUUGGUUCGUGACAAUUCAGCUGAGGCUCUGGGCACUUUAAUGAAACUCAUCGGUGAAAAAGCAUUCUUACCUUUUCUACCCGAUCUCGAUAAUCUAAAAAUGGCAAAAAUUAAGGAAUGCGCCGAAAAAGCGGUGAUAAUUGUAAAAAAUCAACCUGUCAAAAAAGCCCAACGUCCACAAACUGCAAAAGCUCAAUCUCCGGUUAAAAACAAAGACACGGAGAUGGCAAAACCAAAGCGACCGGCUGCUAAGAAGACAGGAAUUAAAAAGUCCGAUUCAUCUGGAAAUACUGCUGCGGCAAAGAAAACACAAUCCAAACCACAAGCAGAGAGAAAUUUAACCCCCGAAGAAGUUGAUGAAAUUGCCUCUCAAAUAUUGUCUAACGACGUAAUUUCCGGACUUGUUGACAGCAACUGGAAAACAAGAUUGGCAGCUGUUGAACAAUUGGCCGAAAUUGUAAAAGCCGGCGAUCCAGAAUUAUCCGCUCAAGUUAUUGUUCGCACCCUGACAAAGAAACCCGGUUUCAAGGACACAAAUUUCCAAGUUCUCAAACUUCGUAUCGAAAUUGUCAAACUUCUCGCCGAAAAUUAUCCAUUCUCAACAACAGUCAAUGAAUAUUGCCUCAUGGACAUCACCGAGAAAUUGGGAGACGUAAAGAACAGUUCAAUUGCAGCUGAAACAUUAACUGCAAUCGCAGAGGCAACAAGUUUCGAUCAAGUUGCCAAUGAAGUCAUAACAUUUGCUUUCAAUCAAAAAAAUCCCAAAGUCCAACAGGAAAGUCUCGUUUGGCUAUCAAAAGCUCUAACAGACUUUGGUUGUCCAAAUAAUACCAAUGCACUUUUGGAUAAUGUAAAGAAAGCCGUCGCUGCUGUAAAUCCAACAGUUCGCAGCGCGGGUAUUAAUUUAGUCGGCAAUCUCUAUCUCUACAUGGGAAGAAAUAUUCUCAAUUAUUUUGACGGCGAGAAACCAGCUCUGAAGCUACAAAUCGAGCAGGAAUGCGAGAAACGAAGCGGCGAUUCCGCACCGAAUCCAAUACGCGGUGCAAAGAGUAAAAAGUCCAAAGUUCAAGAGACAGAGGAAAUUGAGGAGAAACUUGAUGAGAAAUCAAAUGAAAAUCAAGAAGUUGAUCAUCACACGCGAACUGAUAUUAGUUGCCAUAUUACCGAGAGUCUCUUCAGUGAGCUAUCGGAUAAAAAUUGGAAGGUUCGUAACGAGGGUCUACAGAAGAUUACAAAUAUUUUGAAUGAGACGAAAUUCAUUAAAUCGUCGAUUGGCGAUCUUCCUCAGAUGUUAGCUCCGCGAUUGGUGGACAGCAAUAGUAAAAUUGCUCAGACCUGUUUGGGAGUCUGUGGACAAUUGGCAACAGCAAUGGGUUCGCCGAUCAAGCAACACAUUCGCACACUCUUUCCAGGAUUUAUUCAAUGUCUCGGAGAUUCGAAAACUUGGAUAAGAACCGCAGCCGUUACGUGCAUCAACACUUGGACGGAACAAUGUGGAUACAAGGAUUUUUUCGACGGCGAAAUAAUUGGCGACGCACUAAAAGCCGGUUCACCUGUUCUACGAUCGGAACUGUGGACCUGGUUAUCAACAGCAUUGCCCGUGAUUCCAGUGAAACAAAUUCCAAAAGAGGAACUCACAAUAUGCUUGCCAAUUUUGUACAGCAAUCUAGAGGAUCGUAAUUCGGAUGUGAGGAAAAAUGCGCAGGAAGCAGUGCUAGGAUUCAUGAUUCAUCUGUCUUUUGAGGCAAUGUCGAGAUUUACGGAGAAAUUGAAACCAGGUUCUAAGACUGUGGUGUUGACAAUUUUAGAUAAGUCACGAUCAAAUUUACCAGUGAAACCUUUGCCAUCGAAGAAGACGUAUGAUGAGAGUGCGCAGAAAACGGUGAAAAGUGGAGGAGCAAUGAAAGCGUCGAAGGUGGCUGUUAAAACGAAGGGAGGCGCUGCUUCGAAACCAGGAACUGCGAGGAAAAAGGAAGAGGAAGUUGAUUCUAGUCCAUUGUUGGCUGUCAAUAAUUUGAAGCAUCAGCGGGUGAUAGACGAGCAGAAACUUAAAGUUUUGAAAUGGAAUUUCACAACUCCACGGGAAGAGUUUGUUGAUUUAUUGAAGGAGCUCAUGGCCACUGCUAAUGUUAACAAGAGCUUGGCCUCCAAUAUGUUCCAUGCGGACUUUCGGUAUCAUCUCAAGGCCAUUGAAGCUUUAACAGAGGAUCUUCCGGGAAAUAAUAAAGCACUGGUGUCAAAUUUGGAUUUAAUACUCAAGUGGUUGACGCUUAGAUUCUUCGAUACAAAUCCGUCAGUAUUAUUGAAAGGUUUGGAAUAUUUACAAGCGGUAUUUAAUAUUUUGAUUGAUGAUCAGUAUCAUAUGCAAGAGCAUGAGGCAGCUUCGUUUAUUCCGUACCUCAUUAUUAAGAUAGGAGACCCGAAGGAUACUGUUCGUAAUGGCGUUCGGGCAUUGUUUAAACAAAUAGCUUUAGUUUAUCCUGUUAGUAAAUUAUUCAUGUAUACGAUGGAGGGCCUAAAAUCCAAAAAUGCUCGACAGAGGACAGAAUGCCUCGACCAAUUAGGAUCUUUGAUAGAAAACUAUGGAAUCUCAGUGUGUCAACCGACGCCUUCAGUGGCUUUGAAAGAAGUUGCGAAACAAAUAGCAGAUCGAGAUAAUUCCGUGCGAAAUGCCGCUUUGAAUUGCAUUGUUCAGGCGUACUUUCUCGAGGGGGAAAAAGUUUACAAAUUCAUUGGGCACAUUUCAGAGAAGGAUCAGUCCCUGCUGGACGAAAGGAUAAAGAGAGCGGCUAAAAAUCGUCCCUUGAAAUCCAGUUCAUCGACGCAAAUUGCUCCACCCAGGGAAAGGGACCCGGUUCCAGCGAUUCCUGUCGUGGAAUUAAUUGAAGACGAUUAUGAGGAUGAAAUUGAAGAAGAGCAAGAAAACGAAGCUCCGAAUGAGAGGAUGUUUGUUAGAAACAUUCCUCAGCAAAUACCAACAAAACCCUCGGGCCCAUUUGGAUUGGAUAUGGAACUUCUUGAAAGAAUAGAGUCGACUGCUCCAGUGAAAUGCCGAAAUCCAAUACUCCUUGAACCUAAUCUUGACGAUUUGAACGAUACCAUUCACAUCAAAUUACAACCAAAUCAAAUAAUUCCUAUUUCACCUCCAAAAUUACUGGAACCAAAAUCGGCAAAUAUUCAAAAUUUGGUAAGGCCAAAGGGCGAUGAACUUGAUCGUAAAAUCGAAGCAAUGACGAGUCUCGAUCCUUCAAUUGCUAUUCAGGCAAUGAACAAUAUGGAAACUUUCUUGAAGUCACAUCAAUUUAUGGCCAUUCAGACGAAGGAGGAUAAAUUUAUGAGUGCCGUUAAUUUACAAUUGAAGCUUUUGCAAACCUAUUCACUAAACACAGAUCGCAGUUCCGAUAUUUCAAAAGCAUUCAGAACUUGUUUUAUGGUCAUUUUAGCUUUUUACGAAUCAGGCUUUUUGGGGAAAAAUGUGCCAACGAAUCAUUUGAAGGAAUUGGUUCAUCAGAUGAUUACACUGUUGGCGGAAAAUAAACUCGAUCAGUUAAAUGAAGCUGAGGCUUACAAUCGAGUGAUAAAUAAUGUCGUUAUUAAAACAAUCGACAAUUCUAAUCACACUACAAUUAUAUGUGUACUUGUGAAAUUGUUACACGAUUGUACCGAAUCAGACGCUUUACCAAAAUACGAGGAAUUAGUAAUGAAAUGCUUAUGGAAAAUUGUGAAAACAAUUCCAAAUUGGGCAAGUGAAUUAGAUUACGACGCAAUUCUUCUCGAAGUUCAUAACUUCUUUAAGGAUUAUCCAUCUACUUGGUGGAAGAAGAGAAAAUCAGACACGCCAUUAAGAACAAUUAAAACUAUUCUACAUAGCAUGACAAGGAUUAAAGGAAACAGUAUUUUAAAUCAUUUAUCUCAAAUUAAUAAUACAAAUGAGUCUGAACUACAUUCCUAUCUAUUAAAACUUAUCACGACACUCAAACCGGACGAGAUGAAUGCUGCAUCGCGAAAUAACGUUAAACCAGGCAAUCAAGUAAAAUCUCAAAAGCACCUUUGUAAAUACACGCACCAACAGCUUUCUGAAAUUUUCAAGAAGAUUGGAUCUAAAACUCAAACACAAGAGGGUUUGACACAGUUAUACGACUUUAAGCUACAGCAUCCUGAGGCAGAUGUGCAGCCUUUUCUAGUGAAAUCACAUCAAUUCUUUCAAGAUUUUAUAGAGCAGGGUCUCAAAAAUAUAGAUCAAGCUAGAAAAAGUCAAAACCACGUUUCUCAGAUUAAUAAGCAGUAUAUAGCAGAAGCUGCACACGUUGCCAAUGUUAUUCCAGACUCGAGAAGCCUUAUCGACCCAUUGGACAGACUUCAAAAGUUACGCAACUUGGAAGCUCAAUGUCGAAAGGAUCUUUCAAAGCCAUCAGACUAGUGAUUUAAGGCACUUAUGUACUCUUAAUUAUCACUGUAAGUGAAUGUUAGCGUGUUUUGUUUUAAGUUUCUUCCCAGUAAUUAAUUAUUUUACUGCAAAUAUCGUAUUUGACAAAACUCAGCAUAAUUAUUAUUAUUAUUAAUUAAUAAUUAAUUUUUAAAUAAUGAGAUAAUUUAGACACAUCGAUAGUAAAAUGUCUGUCGAAUCAAAAAAAAAAGAAGAGAUUAUUGCUAGGUGCUUAGAAUUUUUUUACUCUUGUUUCGUCCAAUAAAAUAAAUAACUUUGUUUUUUAUUAUCAA